AUGUCCGACGAAGAAGUCAUCGACGAUAUUGCGGAUUUAAAAGUAUCAAAGCAAAACAAACGCAAUGCAAAAGAAGCGAAGAAGAGGGAAAAAUACGAAAAGCAAAUCUUGGCAAUGGGAGGUACAAUAGAAGGUGCAAAGAAAGAAGAAAUUUCACAACAAGACGGUGGCGGAAUCGGUGCUGGGGCUGAGCUUGGCGGUCAAUUCUCCGUGUCGCAACAAGUGAAAACCACUCAACAAAUGGCUCUUCUCGAAAAUUCACAAGAUAUUAAAGUUGAAAACUUUGACAUUGCUGCGCAGGGAAAAGUUUUGUUCAGCAAGGCCACACUGAAAAUUUCUUUCGGAAGACGAUAUGGACUUGUUGGACCCAAUGGUAUGGGCAAAACGACACUGUUGAAACACAUAGCUGCUCGCAAACUGGCUAUACCGGAACAUAUCGAUUUAUUAUACUGUGAACAAGAAAUUUCGGUGGAUUCAACUUCGGCCAUAAAUGCCGUUUUGCUUUCGGACAAAAAGAGAAACGCUCUUUUGCAGGAGCAAGAAGAAAUGACAAAGAAAUUGGAAGAUGGAGAUGUCAGCGCAAGUGAACGGUUGAAGCAGGUUGGAGAAGAGUUGCGGGACAUAAAGGCUGAUGCAGCUGAGCCCCGAGCUCGACGAAUUCUAGCUGGUCUUGGAUUUUCAAAGGAUAUGCAAGAAAAGGCAACACAAGACUUUUCUGGAGGUUGGCGAAUGCGUAUUUCCCUUGCUCGAGCGCUCUUCCUUGAGCCAACAUUUUUGAUGCUUGACGAACCGACUAACCAUCUUGACCUCAACGCUGUUAUUUGGCUUGACAAUUACCUGCAAACAUGGAAGAAAACGCUUUUGAUUAUUUCUCACGACCAAGGAUUUCUCGAUUCAAUUUGCACGGAUAUUAUUCAUCUUGACCAACAGAAGUUGCAUUAUUACACUGGAAAUUAUGCUCAAUUCAAAAAGAUGUACGAACAAAAAGUGAGGGAGUUUACGAAAGAUUACGACACGCAGGAAAAGCAAUUGAGAAGUUUGAAAAAGGGCGGAAAGAGUGCCAAACAGGCAGAAGAACAACUGAAAAAUCAAUUGCAGAACAAAUUGAACAAGCAAAAUAAGGGAAAAACGAAAGGGAGUUCGACGAUGGGCGAUGAAGAUGAUGCGCCACCAGCCGAGUUAUUGCAAAGAAGAAAAGAGUACAGUGUGAAGUUCUCGUUUCCCGAACCAUCGCCCAUUCAACCACCAAUCUUGGGAUUAUUUGGUGUCAUAUUUGGCUAUGGAAAAGAUUGUCUCUUCAAGCAUUUGGAAUUCGGUAUCGAUAUGGAGUCACGUAUUGCAAUCGUUGGACCAAAUGGAGUCGGAAAAUCAACUCUACUCAAGUUGCUCACUGGAAAGAUUGAGCCGCAAGAAGGCGAACUUCGGAAGAAUCGUCUCUUGAAAAUUGGAUGGUUUGAUCAACAUUCAAAUGAGGCGCUUAAUAUGGAGCAAAGUGCAAUGGAAUAUCUUGUCACGAAGUUUAAAAUUGACCCACAGUUAGCUCGGAAAUGUCUUGGAACGGUCGGUCUUGCCUCCCAUGCGCACACAGUGAAGAUUUCCGAGUUGUCUGGUGGACAGAAAAGUCGAGUAGCUUUGGCGGAUCUCUCGUUGGGUGCACCUGAUGUACUUGUUUUGGAUGAGCCUACGAAUAAUCUUGACAUUGAGUCGAUUGAUGCACUCGCUUGUGCUAUCGAAGACUUUAAAGGAGGUGUUAUUAUGGUUACCCACGAUGAGCGAUUGAUUCGGAAAACAAAUUGUGUUUUGUGGGUUGUUGAGAGUCAGGAUGUCGUUGAAAUCGAUGGCGAUUUUGAUGUGUAUAAGAAGGAAAUACUCGAUGCUUUGGGUGAAACGAUUGCCCCUUCAAGUAAAACAUCA